AUGAGCCAGGAAGAGCAGCAGCAACAUCAGUGCCCGGGCGGCGCCAGCCCUUGCGAGUAUGCGAGACACGACGCAAUGAUGGCACUUCAUCGACUGGAAGACGCUGCCGCAACACUUCACGCGGAGUGUCGCAAAUUGCGCCGCGCCGUUCUUGCGAAGCAACGCCUUGCGUCCAAACUUUUGUUUGGUGAUACGGACGCGACAAGGGCUGUUGGCGGUCUUCGCCUGACGACGACGAGCCACGCGUGGCCGACCGCCUCUCAGUACGGGGUGGAGGCGGAGCGGCACCGGGCCUUGGCCAAACAACGCCGAGAUGUGGCGGUCUUGCUGCGCCAGAAGGCGGAAUUGGGGGAGUUGUGGGAGCGGCUGGUGGUUCGCACGUGGUACAAGCGCGUCGUCGUGGCAGGGUUUUAUGAGGGGGUUGUGGCGAGGUUGAACGACUUUGAUCGUCGGCUCCAGCGAGCGGCCUCGGUGGUGAGGCCGGAACGGCGGUGGUGGGGUGGACCACCAGCAGUCUUCUCGCCCCUGUGCAUCACGGCACGGCGACGGGCGAGGGACGCUGCCGCGGCUGCGGUUGGCCCCGCGUCAACGUCAUUCGUCGUGGACGCAGCCACAGCGACAGGAGCGGGCGACGAAGCGGGCGAAGCGGAUGAUCCGUCUGAGACAGAUCGAGUCGGGGCGUCGGGGAUGCGGCGACGGCGGCCGUUGCGGACCAUCAUACACCUCUUCACUAGCGUUAUACGGGAGUACACAGAGCAGCAGAGGACGCAUAGUGGCUCCGAACUUUUCACUCAUACAAGUGAGCAUCGUGACUGCACGAGAUGGAUGAAUUCAUUGAUCCCUUUUACGUUGGAACAGAUGACAGACGUCAUGCACCACAUCUUCACAAGCAACGUGGGCAUGCGAUGGCCGUGCUUGGAGGACGCUGCCAACACCAGCGCCCAGGCACUGUCACAGAGAGACCUACUGAUGCAAACUCUCGGGGCCUCUCGGUUGCUGCGACGUCAUAUGGAAACGUGGCUGUUGUGCCAUUUUCAGCCACAAGAGACACUCUUGCGGUAUCGACAUUACGUUCAGGCGGUCACAAGCUUCAUGCAGGAGAGGUCUCGCGCCACGAGGGAUUUGCUAGUCACUCGGCGUCAGCAACAAGAACGCGAUGAGGCCCGCUGGCAGAGUAUGCGUGCGAGGGCGGUGACUGCUCUGCAUCCUCUAUCCCUUGACGCCGCCACUGCGACACUCUCUUCCUUUGCUUCUGCCGCCAGUGGAGGCCUUCAACAGACAGAUGAUGAUGCCGAUGGUUCGAUUGACAAAAGUGAGUGCCCGUUGUGGCUCGUGGUGGAUUCACUGCGCCAACAGAAUCGGGCAGAAUCGGCUCCGUUAGAUUCAACGUGUAGCUGA